AUGGGACGCACUAUUUGCUACAACUUGCUGCCUGUGUUUGCGUACAUGUACAUGUUAUGGAACCCCGUGCACAAAGUGUGGUGGCCCGAGAACCACUCGUGGAUGGCGCAGUGGCAAACGGCGUGGAAACACAUUCCAGAAUUCCUCAAGCUUGGCGUUCCUGGUAUGAUCAUGACGAUGGUCGAGCAGCUGGCAUUCGACGCGGCAUCCAUCACAGUGGGGUGGUUGCCAAGCGCUGUGCUGUCGUUGGCUGUCCACAACGUACUGCUUACGAUCAACGUGACCGUGUACUCCAUUUCCAUUGGCGUGGGCACGGCCUGCUGCAUUCGCCUGGGCAAUGCGCUGGGAGCGAACGAGCCCAACCGCGCCAGAGUCAUUUCCAACGCGUCGCUGGCUGCAACUGUCGGCAUUGUCUUGGUCGUGGCUGCUGUAUUUGUGGCCAGUCACAAAUCUGUGCCCGGCUUGUUCCUCAACGAUCCCGACGCUAUCGAGGCGUUCCAAGGUGUUGUCGCAAUCUUUGCAGGGUUCAUUGUCGUUGAUGGGUUGAAUUCCACGAGCCAGAGCAUCUUGCGGGGCAUGGGGCAGCUGACGAUCGGGGCGAUCGUGAAUGCUAUCGCCUUUUAUAUGGUGGGGCUGCCAUUGGUGGGUCUGUUCGCAUUUCAGUUUGAGUGGGGGCUGCAUGGCACUUGGCUUGGCCUCUCUGUUGGUCUCACUCUUGGCGUUGGGGCAUAUCUCGUGAUCAUUUAUCGCUCGGACUGGCAACCUCGAGCGGAUGAGGCUAUUCUUCGCAACGAAGCGAAACAUACGAGACGGUUGUGGUGCUCCGUGUCAGCGAUGGGGCUUAGUUGA